AUGGUCUUUGUAGCCCUGCUUGCUCGCUUUACUCAGCAUUGGUUCCUUUUUCACCUACUCACGUCAGCGAUGGCUUUUAUAGCUUUUCUCGCUUUUCAGAUCUGGGUUGUUGAAAGCUGCCGCUGGCUAGCUAGCGUACAUCGUAGUGCUGAAGCUCGUUCGAUGGCCCUUCGAGUGGUGUCGCAUCGGUCUGAUGUAGUGGACUCCAUGAGAGAUGGGCAGUGGUGGGAGAUAUUAGGUUUCUCCGAACCGGCGUUGUCAGUUUCGAAUGCCAAAGUUUUGUCAGAGCGGUAUUCAUACGCAGAUCUUUUCAGACAUCCCUCAGUGUACAUUCCACUCUUUGCGUUGUGCUACUGUUUCGUUUCGUCUUCAGUGGUGUCUUUCGGAUUUUACUUCAAUGCGGAUGCUUUACCAGGGAAUCGUUAUGUAAAUAUGGCUCUUAUGGGUAUCUCAAAAUUUGUGAUGGGCCUUACACCGUUUGCUGUAUCGGCUCUUGUCGGUCGACGUCCAAUUGUGUCUAUCUCGGUUGCAGUAGCAUGUCUCUGUGCAUGGUUAGCGGUAGUUAGCCAGUUGUAUGGUGCUUCUCCUGGCCACUGGUCAUUAGUAGCGCUAUCCUUGGUCGUCUCAGCAGCGCUAGAUCCUGCUUGGAAGAUUAAUCAUCUGUAUUCGGCUGAGCUGUUCCCUACUGUUGUCAGAAAUAUGGCACGUGCCGUCUGCAAUGUCGGCGCUCGCUUAGGAUCCGUACUUGCUCCAAUGGUUGUGCAUUUACGUACAGUACACUACCUGAUACCGUAUCUGGUGUUCGCUGUAUUCCUUAGUGUACAGCUAAUUGUAGUAGCUGUCUUGCCUACCGGAGACGAAGGGCCGGCCACUUCCAGAAGAGUUGCCGGCUAA